AUGAUACUAUAUAAUCACAAAAAAAUAAAAUACAUAAUAGUCUAUUAAAAAUCCUCCAAAGCCUGUAGGUUAUUAUCAUCCAAAUAUCAAAUAAUUGAUAAGUAAAAAAAAAUAUUUUUUUUUUUUACUAUUAAAACAAAAAAAAGAAACCCUUAAUAAGUUUGGAAUAUAUUAAAUGUUUAUAAAAGCAAACUCGAACGUAAUAAUUUAAGAGAAUAAAAUUCAUAAUAAUAAUAAAGAUUCAGUAAGACUCUUUAAGAAGAAUUCGAAAGGCCAAUACCUGAUAAAUUAUUAAAAAAAACAACUGGAUUUAUAGAAUUAGCAAAAUAAUAAUCAAGGUAAAUAAAUAAAAAUAUAUAUAAAUAAUAAUAAAAAUAAUAUAGAGGAAAUGGUUUGUUUAAUGCAAAGAAUAAUCCUCAUGAAAAAAGAUUCAGUAUAUUUUAAGAAUCUUAAUAUUUUUCAAAAUUAAAAAAAAUCCCUACAUUCAAUAUAAAAACAUCAUUAGGAAGAGAAGAUAAUAAAAUAUAUUAAAAUAAACAAUUCGCCCCCGAUUAUUAUCCAAAUUAUGAAUACGGAAAAAAAACAUUAGGAUCAUGUGGACCUGCUUUUAAUAAAAUUCCAUCACGUAAAAAAUUAGAAAAGCAAUAAAUUACUUAUAAUGAGAACUUUUUUGAUUAUGAUAAUUAUAAAAUGAAAUCUAGUAUAUUUAAAAAUCCUACUUGUCCAGAUUUUAAAAAAAUACUUCCAAGAGAAAGAGAUCCUAAUUCUCCGUUACCUAGCUUUAUGCAAAAUCAACUCAAAUUCGAUUCUAAAGUAUACGAAGAUAAUGCCAAUAAAAAUAAAUAACUAAAAAAACAUUGUCCUAAUUAUUCUUUAAACACCAAUCCAAUAACAUCAGAAGGCCAUACAGAAAAAUAAUUUAAGCCUUCCAUAAAAAAAAUAGAAAAUAAAAUCUCAGAAUAAAAAGAAUGGAAACCUUCUGUAAUAAAAACACAACUUUCAAAUAAGGAAACCUUAAAUGAUAAUAAUGAGUAAAAAUAAUUCAGAUAAAGUACAAAUGCAGUUUAUGGACAUUACAAUACAUAAACAACUGAAUAAAAAGAAUGGAAACCUUCUGUUUAAAAAGGAGAAUUUUCUGAUAAAGGAUAUAUAAAUAAACCAAUUAUAGAAGAAAAAUGUUUUAGAAAUAAAACUAAUGCCGAAUAUGGACAUUAUAAUUCUCAUACUACAACAUAAAAAGAAUGGAAAUCUUCUGUCAAAAAAUCUGAAACUAAGUAAAAUGAAUGUCAUAUUUUUGAUGAAGUUAAAAAAUAAUAAGAUUAAUAACCAAGAGUAAAUUAAAAUAAUACUACUACUGAAUAAAAAGAUUGGAAACCAUCAAUUAUGAAAGUUGAUUAAAAAUAAAGUGAUAAUUACGAAAUUUUUAAUAAAAGAGGAAUUAAAAAAUCUGAAUUUAGUUAAUCAAGUACAAGUACUUAAAAUCCUCUAGUUGGAUAUGAUAAAGAUGAGCCUAAAAAAAUAUAGAAAAAAGCAAAUAAUAAUUUAACAUCAAGUGUUUUCUCAUAACCUAUUAUAUAUGAUUAAACUUUGGCUAGAAGUACUAUUAUUACUCAAAAAAAUAAAGGAGAAGAAGCUAAAAAUUUACUUAAUUAUGGAUAUUCUUUACCUUUUAAUAAAUAAAUUGAAGUUACUGCAAAAGUUAAUUUAUAUUAAGGAGGAGUAAGAAAAGGUCAGUAAGAAGUAACUUAAAAAGUUAACUUAUAAUGAAAGAAAACAAUAAUAAUAUUAUAUAUAAAGAUAUAUUAUAAACA